CGAUUAACUAGGCGCGGGCCUUUCCUCAGUCGCGAGUGGCCUCCCCUGUCUGCUGAGAUUAACCGAGGCUGACCGUCGAGGGCUUCCUCAACGGGCUCGUAGCGACACUCCCUGCGGUGUGUGGAGCGGCAGUUAGGAGAACUCAGGAACGCUGCUUCCCCUCGGAGCUACCCCUGGUUCUUUCCGGAUUUGAUAAUGAGUCUGUUGGGCGGUAGCGCUGUCAAGAAGGAGGAGAAGGGCAAGAACAUCCAGGUGGUGGUGAGAUGCAGGCCCUUCAGUAUAUCUGAGCGCAAAGCUAAUUCAUAUUCUGUAGUGGAGUUUGAACAUGCAAGGAAAGAAGUUCUGGUUCGCACUGGAGGGAUGACUGAUAAGACGGCAAGAAAGACAUAUACAUUUGACAUGGUGUUUGGAGCUCAAGCUAAACAAAUUGAUGUGUACCGGAGUGUUAUGUGUCCUAUUUUGGAUGAAGUUCUUAUGGGCUAUAACUGCACUGUGUUUGCAUAUGGUCAAACUGGUACAGGAAAGACCUUCACUAUGGAAGGGGAAAGAUCCUCUGAUGAAGAGUACACUUGGGAAGAGGAUCCACUAGCUGGUAUAAUUCCCCGUACACUGCACCAAAUAUUUGAAAAGCUUGCAGAAAGUGGUACAGAAUUUUCUCUAAAAGUAUCUUUGUUGGAAAUCUACAAUGAGGAGCUCUUUGAUCUGUUGAAUCCAUCUCCUGAUGUUGGUGAAAAGCUGCAGAUGUUUGAUGACCCACGUAACAAGAGAGGUGUAAUAAUCAAGGGUUUGGAAGAAAUAACUGUACACAACAAAGAUGAAGUCUAUCAGAUCUUAGAAAGGGGAGCAGCAAAAAGAACCACUGCAGCUACUAAUAUGAAUCAAUAUUCUAGCCGGUCGCAUUCAGUGUUCUCAAUCACACUACAUAUGAAAGAAACAACAAUGGAUGGAGAAGAGCUUGUUAAAAUUGGGAAGCUAAAUUUGGUUGAUCUGGCAGGAAGUGAAAACAUAGGUCGUUCUGGAGCAGUUGACAAAAGAGCUCGGGAAGCUGGAAAUAUCAACCAGUCCUUGUUGACUCUGGGAAGAGUAAUUACUGCUCUCGUUGAAAGAACCCCACAUAUUCCAUACAGGGAGUCGAAGCUCACUAGAAUCUUGCAGGACUCCCUUGGAGGACGCACAAAAACUUGCAUAAUUGCUACAGUUUCUCCUGCUUCAGCAAAUCUUGAGGAAACUUUGAGUACUCUUGAAUAUGCUCAUAGAGCAAAGAAUAUCAUGAAUAAGCCUGAAGUAAACCAGAAGCUCACAAAGCGGGCACUUAUUAAGGAGUACACGGAAGAGAUUGAGCGCUUAAAACGAGAUCUUGCUGCUGCACGAGAGAAAAAUGGAGUCUACAUUUCUUUGGAAAAUUAUGACGCUCUUCAUGGGAAACUGACAGUCCAAGAAGAACAAAUUGCUGAGUACAUUGUGAAAAUUGCAGCCAUGGAGGAAGAACUGAAAAGAGUCACUGAAUUAUUCACUGUACAGAAAAAUGAACUUGAGCAAUGCAAAACAGAUCUCCAGAUUAAGGGACAAGAACUGGAGGACUCUCAGAAGCACCUGGAAUUGACCAAGACGCUUCUUGCUGAAGAAGAAUAUGUGACAUCAGUUUUGGAAAAUACAGAAGAAAAGCUUCAUGGAACAGCUACUGAGUUACUUAGUACAGUUGAAGAAACUACCAAAGAUGUGUCUGGUCUUCAUGCAAAACUAGAUCGUAAAAAAGCUGUUGAUCAACAUAAUACCGAAGCACAAACAAAAUUUACAGACCAAAUGAACGCUCUCUUCAACAAAAUGCAGAACUCAGUUAAUGAGAACUACUGGAAACAGCAGCAGAUGAUUGAUCAUUAUGUCAUCUCUGUCGGUGACUUUCUGUCUGCUAGCUCUUCAGCCUUUGGAGUUACUGCAGCAGCUGUAGGCGAAGCAUUCAGUUCUGUAAAAGAGGCAGUGGCCACAGAAGUGUCUCUGGUUUCUGAAAAGGUACUGAAGCAGGCGUCUCUGACAGCUGAAAUGAAAAAUGACCUGCAGAAAUUAAUAGAAGAGUUUACAUCUGGAGUAUGCAGAACAUUAAAUAGUCUUUCACCUGUAGUGAAACUUGUGCUGAACAUAAAUUUUCAACUGCAGAACAACUUGAAGGAGUAUUCAUCAUUGGCUGAAAAGAUGGAAGGCCUUAAAAAGGAAACUACUAUCUUCUUCCAAAACCAUACUCGUGAUUUGAGUAAACUGCAGGAAGACAGCUCUCAAAUGUUGGCUGAACUUUAUCAUAGUUCUGAAGUGUUGGAGGAGGAGAUGGAAUUGGCAAGGCUGGCCCAUGAAAAGGAUAUAGCCCACUUUGUGGCUUCUUUGCAACGAACCCAGCAGGAUAUUCGUGGACUGCAAGUGAAAGGUGGCAGUUUGAAGCAAAAUAUUUCUUCUGUACAGAAAAACCUAACUUUGCAAACUGCUGGACUUGCCAACUCGAUAGCGUCCCAGUGUAGCAACUUGACUGUGCCUUUGGGUGACUUUUCCCAGGAGAUGAAGCAAUUGAGUGAAAAAAAUAUCAAAAUAUUGUCGGAUUCAGUCAGUCACUGUGAGCAUCUGGACAGCAGCCUGAAAAGUGUGUGCCAAGAAACCAGCAACGGGGGUGAAAUUACAACCACAAAGAUAGGCUGCAUCAUCGAUCAACAUACAGGCUUCCUCGAGAGCACAAAGGAGCACCUGCAAAGGUUCUGCAAGACUCAUGAUGACAGCUGCGAUGUAUUGGUUGCUAAAAUCACAGACCAUAUUGAUGGACAGAAGGAUGCUGCAGGGGUAGCCCUGAACAGGCUUCUUGACAAGAUGCAGAAUGACGAUAAUGUGCUUUUGAAAGAAAAAGAGGUACUCCUUGAAGAAAUGGAGAAUGGAUUAGCUCGGGUUAAUGGAUUCAUGAAGAAGGAACUUAAAGUAGACAUCCCAACAGGGGCCACCCCGCAAAGAAAAGAUUACCGUUACCCAGUAACAAUUAGGAAAACAGAACCCCGUGAUCUUUUGCUCCAGACGCUAAGGAAACAGCAGCUAGAGCUUGAAGCUGUGCAAAAGGAUGCUGUACCUAUGACUGAAGAAGUCUUGGAUCAGGAGUCUUUGGAGGAUGAAGAAACCAGAGACAUCAAUGAGAGCCUGUCAAGUGAAAAAUCCUUCCUGGAGACCAGUGUGUUCAUUCAGACCAAUAGUGGUGUACCGUUCUUCCAGCAUAAAAGGAGCACCAAAAAGGAGAAAGAGAACAAACUGGCAGGCUUCUGUGACAAAAAGGAUGCAGACCAACCUCUGUCAAGAUCAAAAUAUCCAUUAAAAGAUCAGAACUAAGGAGGCACAGCGUUCCAGCGUCUGCCACCAGUCACUUUUUUUCAGUUUGUAUAUAAGUGCUCUAGUGUCACAAAUUAUCCAGCCUGUCAACUGUUUUUUAUAUAUGCUGUAACUUGGGGUUUUUUACCAAAUUUGAAACUUUUUAAUGUAGUUAAAUAAAGGCUUUCUAAAAUGC